UGACCAAGUUUAUUAUAUGUAUAGAUAAUCAUUUCCAAAAGCAAUCCAAAAAUAGUUGGUUGAAAAAAUAUGGCAAAUGAAAGAGAAAGUAAGAGUCGAUCCCAGGAUCUACUGAUAAUAUUAGAAAAGCAAAGGCAAGAAGAAAAGUAUUGUGACUUCUUAAUCAAAGUUGGAGAUGAGAAAAUCUAUGUUCAUCGAAAUGUUAUUGCAGCAUCUUCAUCCUAUUUUGAUAAAAUGUUGUCUCACAAUAGUAAAGAAAGAAGAGAUGGGUUCGUAGAACUUCGAGGUGUGGACACAGAAUCUGUCAAAAAAUGUGUAAAAUUCAUUUAUACAGGAAAAGUGCUGUUUUCUACUGAUUCCCCGGAUUUUCUUAUCCAUGCUUCAGAGCUCUUCAAUCUGACAGAGCUUUCUGACAUGUAUUUUGACUAUUUGAUUGAAAAUUUGGAUUCAAGAAACUGUUUUCUCUACAAGGAGUUGGCUCAAAAAUAUAAUCAUGUAAAUUCUCAAAAAAAAGUUGAGAAAUACAUUUCUGAAAAUUUUGAUAAAAUGACUUCAACAGAAGAUUUCCAGAAAAAAUCUUUAGGUGAAAUUCAGAAGUAUAUGAAUUCUUUAUCUGGUUCUUAUGGGGUAGGAGAAAUUUUAAAGUGGAAAGCUGCUGUCAAAUGGGUCAAAGCAGACAUGAAAAAUCGUACUUCAAUGUUUCUUUGUCUUCUGCAUGUCAUUAGUCUUGCUGAUUUACCGAAGGAUUUUGUAAAAAAUCAGGUUCAAACCGAACCUUUAAUGAAAGAAUCCGACGAUUUUAAAACAUAUUUGAUAAAUGUGUUAAGUGAGUCAAUUCACACUUUGAAAAAUAAAAGAAAUCAGUUGGAUAUCGCUAUUGCACCAGCAACAGAAUCAGCUGCAGAAUCGGGUUCAUGUAAACCAGUUCCUCACAUCGUCUUGUUACCUAAACAUGGUAGAAUGUUGUAUAACAUUAAUUGCCGAUCAUCUGAAGUAUCCAGGAUUACAAAAAUACCUGAAGAAUUUUCAGAAGGUCAUAGAGAUGUCAUUUGCAUCGAAAGUGAGAUAUAUGUUUUCCACAAACAAAGUUUGAUGAAAUAUUCAAAUGGAAUGUGGAAAAAUUUAGCAAACUUGGAAAGUGAACCCUCAAACUAUGUCUGUCUGACUUGCAAAGGUUGUAUAUUGGUGAUUGAGUCUGAAAAAGUUUCAAAAUUCAUUCCUGAGACAAAUACUUGGGUUGAGCAAGAGAAAGGCCAUCAACUAGGAGAAGGUGUCAUGGUCACUGCUUCGUCUGAUCAAAUUUAUGCUCUUGGAGGGAAAGGUACUGAGAAGCAAGCUAAAGAAUUUGAUGGGAAUUGGGAUAGGAUAGAUGAUAUGUUGUAUGAACAUUGUAAUGGUGGAGCAGCUGCUUCCCAUUUACCUGUCAGAAUAUUUGCUGUUGGUGGCAUAUUGAUAGGAGCUCAUUAUCAACAUACUUCUAUUGAGUUUUAUACUCCCUCUACAAAUCAGUGGACAAAAUUUGGAGGUGACUUCCCAAUAUGGCAGCUUAAAGCAUUUUAUUUGGAGGCAUUAGCGACUGACAACACAUUAUUUGUGAAAUUUAAAGAUGACAACAAAAUGGUUAAAUUUGAUAUAAAAUCCAAAAAGAUUGGUAAUUCUAUUACUGCAAUGAAGUCUGAUUCUUGUUCACUAUGUCUCAGAUAA